AUGCGUCAUCUUACACAUGGAGACGCAGGAAGUGUGGCGAUUCACCAACCAUUUAUUCAUCACCAGCCUAGGAAAGUGUUACUUCCUGAAUGGAUCACCUUUACGCCUCCCAACAACGUGACUGAAUUUAUUCUCUUGGGUCUCACACAGAAUCCAUACUUGCAGAAAGUUCUCUUCAUUGUCUUUUUGUUCAUUUUCUUAUUCACCGUGCUGGCCAAUCUGCUCAUUGUCAUUACCAUCUCCCUCAGCCCCACACUUUUGGCUCCCAUGUACUUCUUUCUCACUUACUUGUCCUUCAUAGAUGCCUUCUACACCUCUGUCACCACCCCCAAAAUGAUCAUUGACCUGCUGUACCAGAGGAGAACCAUCUCCUUGCAUAGCUGCUUAACUCAGCUCUUUGUGGAGCACUUCCUGGGAGGAUCAGAGAUCAUCCUCCUCAUUGUCAUGGCCUACGAUCGUUAUGUGGCCAUCUGCAAGCCCCUGCACUACAUGACCAUCAUGCGACAGGGGCUCUGCCGCCUCCUGCUGAUGGUGGCCUGGAUUGGGGGGCUAUUGCAUGCCACUGUACAGAUUCUUUUCAUAGUCAACUUGCCCUUCUGUGGUCCCAAUGUCAUUGACCACUUCAUGUGUGAUCUCUUCCCACUGCUGAAACUUGCCUGCAGCAACACCUAUAGGCUUGGAAUGGUAGUGGCAGCCAACAGCGGGGCCAUGUGUUUGCUCAUUUUUUCCAUGCUGUUCAUCUCCUACAUAGUCAUCCUGAGCUCCCUGAAAUCCCAUGGAACUGAAGGACGG